ACUGUUUACUAGACGUUCAGAAUGGAUGAUCUUGAGGAUGAAAAUGUUGUCUAUGAGAAUUCCGUAUUUCAUCAAUAUUUUAAAGAAGCUGGAUUAGACGAUACUGAUUUAUUAUUGGAAAAAAGCGAUAUCACUCAAGGUAAAGAUAAUAAGAGAAAGUCUUUGUCAACUGCCAGUGAGAAUAUUUUUUCAAAUCUACUUAAUAAAUUUGACGAAUGGUGGACUUUCGGUUUGGACCAACAGAAAAGAGAUAUUGUUAUAAAAAAAACAAAUGAAAUUUUGGAAGCUGCUGUUCUUGAAGAAGAAGAUGAAUCGUUUAUUCGUACGUAUUCAUCAAUAAUGGUAGAAGAACAAAGAAAGCAUGGUUUUGGAAGCAAAUCCCAACCACAAGAGUACUUGAAAAGAGCAGACACUAAAAUUCCGUCAACUGGAUAUAUUACUGGAAUUCUUUUUGGAAUAAUUGCACUGUACCCAACCUUCAGAUAUUAUACUUUCUUAUUUCUUUUAGCCUUCAUAUCAUUUAAAUGGGUUUUCUAUAAGAAGGAUUCUCUAUCGGAUUUAAAUACUAUGCUAGAUUUGGUUAUUACAUUUACUCAAAGAAUUAAGAAAUUAAAACAACUUAACAAAACCUGUCUUCGGUUUCUAUUAGAGAUGGAAUUGGCUUUUAGAGGAUAUACUUUUAUUACCAGAGUAAACAAUUCAUUGGUAAAUGAGGAAAGAGCAAGAAAAUCUCUUCAAUUUGAGAAUUUAAGAAAAGUAAUAAAAGAAAAAUACAACAGUCUGGUUGAUAAUACGAGGAAGAGCACAAUCAGUUUAUUAGACGGAAUAAAUUUAUAUGAACCUUUGGACGAUGAAGGAUAUUACUUGUCUAAAAAAGAAUUGAUAUCUGUCAAUUUUGACCAGGGCAUUACUUUAUCCCAACUGAAACACCAAUCUUACAUAUUCCAAUUAUACGCUUCUCAGUAUAUUCGAAGAAUUCUUAUUAUUAUAAACACAACAUACGUACAAUGGGAUAUAGAUUGCUCAUUUAUUCAAUCUUCUCUAAACGAAUUACUGGUAAUUGUCGAUAGUCAUAUGUCAGAUAUAGAAAAAUACUAUAAAUUGUGCAAACUCGAAGAAGCUGUUGAGAAUACAAAGCAACAGAACAAUUGUGAGAGUUUGGAAAAACAUACUAAGACAGAAGAGGUUUCUGAUAUAGUGCAUAGCUUAAUAAUUCACUUACAUUCUGCUUUUAAACGAUCUCAGGAACUGGAGUCUCAAAUGGAUAACUCAUUUGAAGAUAAUAUACACGAUGAAUUAAGUGUACUUAAGUCAAUAGUAAAUUCUUGCUGCGAAUGUAUAGAUGAAGGACUUAGAAUUAUCUCAUCAGAAGAUGAUAAAGUGAAUCAGUCUAGAGAUGUCGAGCCUGAGGAGGAUUCUCCCUCAAACGAUUUACCUGGAAGAAAUGUUAUAGAAAUUUCCGCUGAAGAUGAUUUACAAGUAGAAGAUGAAGUUUUCGAAGGUGUUUCCGAACUUAAACAAGAAGAAGAUUACAAUAGCGAUACCGAUACAAGAGAAACUUGUAAAGAUCAGAAAAAACAUGCUAUAAAAAUGCUAUCUGAACUCAAAAAUGUGAUAUCCUCCCGAGCUGAUGAUAUGAAAGAAAGGGAAAAACGGGCAAUUCUUCGAAAGAAUCCAGAUGCAGAGAUUGAAGACGAAAGCGAAAAUUUUAAAGAAAGUCUAGCUGAACAUGAGAAAACUGAUAAUUCUGUGUUUGUUCCACCAUCAUUUCAUGAAAUGGAAAGCUCAGCAGGCAAUAUAACCAAGUUACUUGCAAGUCAAGCUACUCUAAUAGCUCAAAGCCAAAGACAAGUUCAAAAUGACGUCUUUGGAGAUAGUGAAAGUGAAGAUGAAGAAUCCUAA